AUGGCAACAAAUCUGUACUCGAGAGACAGUAAAAGCAGGAGUUCCUUCUAUAUAUUUAUAAUCGUCGGUUUGUGUUGCUUCUUUUAUCUUUUUGGGAGAUGGUCAAGGAGUGGAUUCGGUAAAGGGGAUACACUAGUUAUGGAAACGACCAACACCGGUGCAGGUUGUAACUUUCUUCCAAAUCUUAACUUUGAGACGCACCAUAGUGGUAAUGCCGGAACCACUAAUGAGUCAACAAAAGUCAAAGAGUUUUAUCCAUGUAACGCUAACUUUACCGAUUACACACCCUGUCAAGAUCAGAAACGGGCAAUGAAGUUUCCUAGAAACGAUAUGAUUUAUAGAGAACGACAUUGUCCUCCACAAGAAGAAAAGUUAAAAUGUUUGGUUCCUGCGCCACAAGGAUAUGUGACACCAUUUUCAUGGCCUAAAAGCCGGGAUUAUGUAUCUUAUGCCAAUGCACCAUACAAGGCGUUGACGGUUGAAAAGGCUAAGCAAAACUGGAUUCAAUAUGAAGGUAAUGUGUUUAGGUUCCCGGGUGGGGGGACACAGUUUCCUGAAGGGGCUGAUGCAUAUAUUGAUCAACUUGCUUCUGUAAUACCAAUCGAUAACGGAACUGUAAGAACUACACUAGACACGGGCUGUGGGGUUGCGAGUUGGGGUGCUUAUCUUUGGAAGAGAAAUGUUAUAGCUAUGUCCUUUGCACCAAGAGACAACCAUGAAGCACAAGUUCAGUUUGCUCUAGAAAGAGGGGUACCUGCCGUUAUUGGUGUUCUUGGAUCAAUAAAGAUGCCGUAUCCGUCUAAAGCUUUUGACAUGGCUCACUGCUCAAGGUGCUUGAUUCCAUGGGGAUCAAAUGAUGGUAAAUACAUGAUGGAAGUUGAUCGAGUUCUUAGACCUGGUGGCUAUUGGGUGCUUUCUGGUCCUCCUAUUAAUUGGAAAAACAACUACAAAUCAUGGCAACGUACAAUGGAGGAUUUGGAGGAAGAACAACGCAUGAUUGAAGAAGUUGCUAAACGUCUUUGUUGGGAGAAAAUAUCCGAAAAGGGAGAAAUGGCGAUUUGGCAGAAAAAAAUAAAUACUGAAUCAUGUCGACCCACAGAAAAUACUCCUGGUGUUGUGUAUUGCUCUGACGAUCCCGAUGAUGUCUGGUACAAGAAAAUGGAAACAUGUGUAACUCCUGCAGGUUCUAGUGGUGAGGAUUAUGAAUAUAGACCUUUCCCUCAAAGGCUUUAUGACGUGCCACCAAGAAUUGCAAGUGGAUCCAUUCCAGGGGUUUCUGCUGAUAAAUACACGGAGGAUAAUAAUAUAUGGAAGAAACAUGUAAAUGCUUACAAACGAGUUAAUAAAUUUAUUGACUCUGGAAGGUAUCGCAAUGUCAUGGAUAUGAAUGCUGGUUUGGGAGGUUUUGCAGCUGCACUCAACUAUUCCAAGUUAUGGGUUAUGAACGUUGUUCCUACUGCAGCUGAGACGAACACACUUGGAGUUGUAUACGAGCGUGGGCUAAUUGGCAUCUAUCAUGACUGGUGUGAAGCUUUUUCAACAUACCCACGGACGUAUGAUCUCAUUCAUGCCAAUAGUUUAUUCAGUUUAUACAAUGACAGAUGUGAUUUUGAAGACAUUCUUCUAGAAAUGGAUCGAAUUUUACGUCCAGAAGGCACUGUCAUACUACGUGAUGAUGUAGACGUGCUUAUAAAGGUGCAGAACAUAGUCAGGUCAAUGAGAUGGGAUACAAAACUCAUAGAUCACGAAGACGGGCCUUUAGUUCCAGAAAAAAUACUUGUCACUGUUAAACAAUAUUGGGUUGCUAAUGAAAACAACUCAACGUCCACUUCAUAA